AUGAAAUUCAUUCAGGACAUGGAGAGUUGCACAGAACGUUGUUUUUUGGAUCAUAGAAGUUUUGUAGAGGAAAGAUCGGAUGCUGCAGAUUUUCCAGUUGAAGAGCUCUACAACUGGAACAGGGACGGGACAGGCAUGGACAGACCAUUCACACAAUCAAUUCCAGAAUCCAUCAUACAAUCUUUGCCCUCACAAACGGGCGCAAUGCUGUUCCGCAGCGCGAGAGUUCUGGGCUUUUUCGACAGCCAGUUCAACCGUCCCGGCCCUUUACGGAAGCUUCACAAGCAGAAAGGUCUUGUUUGGAUUUGGUCAAUUUUCACACUGCCGACCAUCCUGGUGCUGGUGGGCAACCAUCCAGAUGUGCAGGAUUGGUUCAUCAAGCAGUACAAGCCGGUUGAGUAUCCCCCACAGUCAGACCCAUCCAUCAUUUAUGACAUUUUUCACGGUAGGACUCCGAGGAAGAGUUCUUAG